AUGUCGGAUCCAGGUAUGGAUGCUGCGAAGAAGACCAAAGGUAAGCAGCAAAAGUCUCCUCCUAGUAUAAGGUCAGUUAAUAAAGAACCCCCCAAAGACCCGUCUAAACAGACCCAGAACAAAGCCUCAAAAAGCGACAUCGUCGCCAGUUCGACCUCUAAACCUCUAAAUCCCCCUAAAUCAAACCCUCAAGCCACCAUUUCGGCUGAAAAGAGUUGUGCGUUAUGCGAAAACCCGGUCAAUGAGCGUAUGGUGCAAUGCAAUACAUGUGACGUGUGGCACCAUUUCUCGUGCGUGGGUGUUUCCGAGGAUAUCAAGGGCUACAAUUGGACCUGCUUGAAAUGCGAUACCGCGAAGGCAGUCAAAGGUGCGAUUCCACGGAAGAUGAUGACGCGAGCUGCAGCUGCAAAAGGUGCAAAGAAGGCGAAUCGGAAGGAGGGGCAGACAGAUGGAGUGAACGAGCAGACGAAAGAGGCCGAUGAGCUAGCCGGUGCAGUCAGAGGGUCAGCUCCUAGCUUGAAAGUGAGCCGGGCCGGUUCCGUAGUUUCAGCAGCAUCACGAAAGUCGGCAAAAGCUCGUUUGGACGUGGAACUGCAGCAGAUCAAAGCUGAGGAGGAGUUGAUGCGAGAAGAAAUGCAACGCAAGCGAGAAUUGGCGAAGAAGAAGUUUGAAGUUCUGAAGGAGAUGGCUGACUUGGAAGGUAGUGUCGGAUCUGUCGUCGAUCAGCCGAACGCGGUCAAUAAGGUGGAACACUGGCUGAAGCAUCAUAACGAACUCCGUGAAAAGGACAAGCUGUCGUUGCACAAGGUGGAUGAUUGCGAAGACGAUGUGGAAGCAGAAUCUUCAACCGAACAUUCAACGUCUGAUAGCGGAUCGGACAGCGAGGAAGAAGUGUCGUCUGACGAAGAGAUUGAACAUGAAGCCAGUGAAAAGGAAAUGCAAUGCGGCGGAGAGUCUAAACGGCGAAAACAUCAUCGUCCGAAGCAGACCGUGCGCCGGAAAACCCUGGAGGGUAAAAGCAACAAACGAUCCGAAACAGGGCGGCCACAAUCGUUGCGGAGUGAUAGAAGACUGUCCAGGGAUGAGCUAGCAGCCCGUCAAGUCGUUCCACGCGAGCUGCCGAAAUUUAGUGGAAAUCCGGAAGAAUGGCCAAUGUUCUUGUCCACUUAUGAGGAUACUACGGCCAUGUGUGGAUACACGGAAGCGGAAAACAUGAUUCGUCUGAGGAAUUGUUUGAAGGGAGACGCGUUCAAUGCUGUACGAAGUUUCUUGAUGCGGCCUGAAACUGUGGAAAGGGCUGUAAGUGCGUUAAAGUUGCGGUACGGUAGACCAGAGACAAUCAUCGAGUUUUUAAAGGAGAAAAUCAUGGCGAUGCCGAUCAUCCGACCGGACGCGAUGGACAAGCUGGUCGACUUUGCAUUGGAGGUGCAAAACCUUUGCGCCACAAUCGAAACUUGCGGAGAGAAGCAGUACAUGUGUGAUACAACUCUGCUGAAGGAGUUCGAGAAGAAGUUGCCGCCGCAAAUCAGACUAGAUUGGGCGCGAUACAAAAGGCAGUUGCGCAAAGUGAAGCUUUCGAAGUUUAGCCGGUGGAUAUACAACCUAGCAGAGGACGUGAACGUGGUUUUCGAGCCGCAGUACCGUGGAAGCAAGACGCAGGAGUUCAGAGCAGUUCGUAAGGAGAAAUACGUUAACACUCACGCAGAAGUUCCAGUCAAGGAAAGAAGUCAGCCAGCUCGGACAACGCAGCAGUCAGCAAUCGUAGGAAGCGGAGAUAACAAACCCUGUCCGGCCUGCAAAGGCGAUUGCAAAUGCCUGGCGAAAUGCAAGAGGUUCCUGGAGUUGUCUUAUGAGUCGAAAUGGGCGACCGUUCGUGGUUUCAAUUUCUGCCGCAAGUGUCUUCGGCAGCACAAAGGUGGCUGUAAUUCUGGAGAAUGUGGGAAGAACGGUUGCACCUUCAAGCAUCACGUAUUGCUUCACAAGGAUUUCGCUGCACCCGCUACAACCAGCAAAGACACGUCCAACGUAGGCGGAUCUCCAAAGCAGAAUGAAGAACGCAAUGUCAACACGCAUCGAUCGGAUACGGGUCCAGGUUCGUUUCGCUAUUUGCCGGUGACUCUGUUUGGCGACGGAGUGCAAGUCAGCUGUCACGCCUUCUUAGACGACGGAUCGGAGUUAACUCUCAUCGAUCAGCAGCUUGCGGAGGACCUGAAGCUCUUUGGAACGGUUCUUCCCCUCUGUCUGAAAUGGACGGGAGGAACGCAUCGCUACGAGUCCGACUCUCAGAGCAUCGACGUUGAAAUUAGCGGAAAGGAUGGAAGGCGAACGCUGCUUCAGGGUGUAAGAACGGUAGAGGAGCUACAAUUACCCUUCCAGUCCCUGGACAUGGGCCUACUAGCGGAGAAACAUGGAUAUCUACGUGGUUUACCCGUGGACUCGUACUGUAACAUCCGUCCACGGAUACUGAUUGGGCUGAAACAUGCAAACCUCAUGCUGGUGCGGAAGAGUCGUGAGGGCAAGAUGGGCGAGCCAAUCGCUGUCAAAACCAAUUUGGGAUGGACUGUAUAUGGAGGCUGGACAUCUCAGAACUCUUCGAGUACGGCCAGUCAUACGUACCACAUCUGCUCGUGCAACGAACAAAGCCUGACGCAUCUAAAUCAAAUGGUCAAAAAUUACAUUUCCAUCGACAGUUUAGCAGUACAGCCAAAAGCCUUUGGAAGGCUUUCCAAAGAAGAUGAACGCGCUAUGGCUCUUUUGGAAUCCCGCACACAUUUCAACGGAGAACGCUACGAAACGGGCUUGUUGUGGCGCUCUGAUAAAAUUCGACUUCCGGACAACAAGGUAGUUGCAAUCCGUCGUUGGCGGUGCUUGGAGAAGCGCAUGGAGAAGGACACGGAGUUGGCGAGCAUCCUGCACGAAAAGAUUGCGGAGUACCGAUCGAAAAACUACAUUCGCAAGCUUGCAUCGGAGGAGCUGUCAACCAAGCAUGAGCGGGAAUGGUAUUUGCCCAUAUUUCCAGUUUACAACCCGAACAAGCCAGGAAAGGUCCGGAUUGUAUGGGACGCCGCUGCCCAAGCAUUCGGCAUUUCUUUGAAUUCGGCGCUUCUUACCGGUCCAGAUCAGUUGGCGUCACUUGUGGGCAUCAUGUACCAGUUCCGUGAACAUCGAAUAGGCGUAUGUGCCGACAUCCGCGAGAUGUUCCACCAGGUCGGAAUCGUUCCUGAAGACCAGCAUUGCCAACGUUUCCUGUGGCGUGACCGCGACAAACAAGGUGAACCGGACACGUACGUCAUGCAGGUAAUGACUUUCGGCGCGAGCUGUUCUCCUGCCGCAGCUCAAUUUGUGAAAAACAGAAACGCCGAAAGGUUUGAAGAAGAACAUCCAGCAGCGGUGAUGAUCAUCAAAAAACGGCAUUACGUGGAUGACAUGGUGUUUAGCGUUGAAACAGAGUCGGAAGCAGUCACGCUCGCUGAGUCUGUGCGUUUUAUCCACAUGCAAGGCGGAUUUGAAAUCCGCAAUUGGAUUUCCAACUCUCCGUUAGUUCUUUCUUCAAUGAAUGGAGGCGAGUCGUCAGAAAAGGACUUGAACAUAUCAGCCGAGUUGUCGAGUCAGAAAAUCCUCGGUAUGUGGUGGGAUACGAAGGACGAUGUGUUCAAAUACAAAAUCUGCUGGACGAGAUUUGAUACGGCGCUGCUUGAUGGAAGUCGUUGCCCUACUAAACGGGAGAUUCUUCGAACGCUGAUGACCAUUUACGACCCUCUAGGUCUCAUCGACCACUUCCUGGUCCUGCUAAAGAUAUUGCUUCAGGAGGUGUGGCGUGCUAAUGUAGAUUGGGACGAACAAAUUCCUGAUAACCUAUUCGAGAAGUGGCGUGACUGGUUGCGGUUGCUGCCGGAGCUAGAGAAACUACGGAUUCCUAGGUGUUACCGGCAAGUAGUCUCGUCGUUAGAAGCUGCUUCCAUCGAAAUGCACGUAUUCGUUGAUGCAAGCGAAAGUGCGAUGUCAGCAGUUGUGUUCUUGAGACUCGUAGAAGGAGAUCAAGUUGAAUGCUCGCUGAUUGCUGGGAAAACUCGCGUCGCACCGUUGAAGUACACCUCCAUCCCACGGCUGGAACUACAAGCUGCAGUUCUUGGUUGUAGAUUGGCGAAAAGCGUUACCGAGAACCUGACGAUGAACGUCUCAACGUGUACGUAUUGGACUGACUCCCGAAACGUCCUAUGUUGGUUAAGAGCCGACCAUAAGCGGUAUAGCGCCUUCGUCGGAUCGAGGAUCAGCGAAAUUCAAGAGUCGACAGAUGUCCGAGAAUGGAGAUGGGUUCUGACUCGAUCCAACGUUGCUGAUGAUGGGACCAGGUGGCGAGACCGACCCGAUUUGUCAGCGGAUAGCAGGUGGUUUAAAGGUCCUGAGUUCCUGAUGCAAGCAGAAGAAGACUGGCCUACACUUCCGCUGAGAUCGCUUUCGACGGAUGAAGAGAUAAGACCCAGCGUGUUGCUCCACUUCAAAGUUCCUGAACCGGCAAUCGAUGUAGGAAGAUAUUCAAGUUGGCGACGAUUACUAGCGGUGACGGGCUAUGUUCUUCGAUUUUGCUCAAAUCUUCAGCGCAGACGUAGCAAGGAGUCAAUCACCAUUGGACCGUUGACCAGCGAAGAACUGCGAGGAGCGGAAGAAUACCAUUACCGGCAAGCGCAACGAGAUGUGUAUCCGGACGAAGUCGCAGCAUUGGAAGCAAAAGAAGAUACAGCCAAGCGUAUUUCAAAGGCGAGCCCACUCUAUAAGUUAAGCCCAUUCGUUGACGAUUUUGGCGUAAUGAGGAUGAAGGGCAGAACUACAGUGUGUGCGUAUCUGCACAGUGACGCAAAGAAUCCGGUUAUUCUACCACCAAAACACCCAGUAACAACACUAGUCUUGAUACAUUACCACGAGAAGUACCUGCACCGUAACUACGAAAUUGCAGUUAACGAAGUUCGCCAGAAGUACAGCAUCUUUCGCUUAAGACAAGCCCUCGCUGCGAUCCGUAGAAACUGUCAGUGGUGCAAAAAUCGAGACGCUCUGCCUCAACCACCGGAAAUGGCAGAUCUUCCUGCGGCCAGACUGUCUGCGUACACGAGGCCAUUCGCACACGUAGGGGUGGAUUAUUUUGGUCCGAUUGAGGUAACGGUAGGUCGAAGGGUCGAGAAAAGAUGGGGGGUUCUACUGACUUGUCUGACGGUAAGAGCCGUCCAUAUCGAGGUAGCUCACUCCUUGACAACAAGUUCCUGCAUAAUGGCUUUGAGGAACUUCACGGCGCGAAGAGGUAUACCUGUCAGCUACUAUAGUGACAGAGGUACGAAUUUUGUGGGCGCAAACCGGGAGCUUCAGGAAGCACUUGAAGCGGUUGACCAAAAUCAGCUGAUGCGAGAGUUCGUAACCUCAUCUACUGCGUGGCACUUCAACCCGCCGGCCUCGCCCCAUAUGGGAGGCAGUUGGGAGAGGCUCAUACAAUCGGUUAAGCGGAACCUGAUCGAAGUUCUACAUGCCCGGCGACCUUCCGAUGAAGAACUGCGAAACGCGUUGACGGAAAUAGAAGGAGUUCUGAAUGCGCGCCCUCUUACUCACGUGCCAAUUGAUGACGAGGCGGCACCAGCAUUAACACCCAAUCACUUUCUGUUGGGAUCAUCCGACGGUUCAAAACCGUUGUCCCUGGUUGAUGCAGAUACUGCGGCAUUGCGGAGAGGUCAUCCGACUUCCCAGUGGUUGGCAAAUCUCUUCUGGAAACGCUGGGUAAGGGAUUACCUUCCCGACAUAACACGGCGUACGAAAUGGCACGAGCAGGUGAAACCUCUGCAGGUAGGUGACGUGGUAGUAAUUGUGGAUCACGAGCACCCCAGAAACUGUUGGCCCAAGGGACGGGUCAUUGGAGUAACCACCAGUGGAGGGCAAACUCGCAAGGCUACCGUGCAAACCGUUGGUGGGAUCUACGAGCGACCAACCGUGAAGCUCGCGGUGUUAGAUGUUCGGCGCGCGGAGGAGUAA